AUCGGCAGAGUGCCUAUCUCAGAUUGGCAGAGUGCCUAUCUCAGAUUGCGUGAGUGCCUAUCUCAGAUCAGGCAAGUGCAGGCCGAACAGGCAGAGUGCAGGCAGAGUGCAGGCAGAGUGCGGGCAGAGUGCGGGCAGAGUGCAGGCAGAGUGCAGGCAGAGGCAGGCAAGUGCAGGGAGUGCAGAGUGCGGGCAGAACCCUUCCUCGCGCUCCACACCGCGUGGCGCGGCCACCCUAAUCUGGUGGUCCCAGUGCGCACGACCGUGGAGUUCCUGGUCUCCGAACAGUUCGUGACGAGGGUUAUUCUCCAUCAGCAUCAUCACCAUGCGGUUCUGUGGGUUCUAGUAGCCGUGGUUCUGGUUCUCCAUGUGUCCCGGACCGAGACGGCGGAAGACACCAGUCCAGAACAGACCAACGCAGCAGAACAAGAGACGGAGCCGGAGAAGAAAGAGAAAACGACUGAGAUAGAGGAGGAGAAGGACGUGAUGGUUCUACACAUCAAUAACUUCCAAAGGGCCCUGAGUGAAAACAAGUUCCUGCUGGUUGAGUUCUAUGCUCCGUGGUGUGGUCACUGCCGUCAGUUGGAGCCGGUGUAUGCGGAGGCAGGGGGUGUUGAAGGGAGAGAGAAAGAGGGAGAGAGCGAGGGAUACCGUCUGGCUAAAGUGGAUGCUGCAGAGGAGAAGGAGCUGGCAGAAGAGUUUGAUGUCGGAAGUUUCCCAACCAUCAAACUGUUCACCGACGGAGACAGAAACAACCCCAUCGACUUCACUGGGAAGAGGACAGUGCAGGGUAUUGUCCAGUGGUUGAAGAGGCGGUCAGGUCCUAGUGCCGUGGUGUUAGAGACGACUGAUGCCGCUUCAGAACACAUCAGCCUUCACAACGUUACAGUGCUGGGGUUCUUCACUGUGUCCUGGAGGGCAGUUAAUUUGCCCCCGGUGAUGCGUUGGGCAGACCGCAUGACCCUCUGGAGAGCCCUGCAGUUGCGGGAGGUGCAGUUGCCAUACCAGGCG